GGCACCGCCACCAGCCGGAGGCCGCUCGCCCGCGUUCCUGCGGCAGAGGCGGGCGGGCUGGCGCGCCGUGUCCCGCUCCUCCUCCUCCCGCCGUGCGGCUCGGCGGCCCUUGCCAAGAUGUCUCGGGAGCUCGGCUGCAACCGCUGGCUCCUUUUCGCUGCGUUCGCCCACCUCUUCUUCCUUCUCCCGCUGCUCCGCACUCGGGCUUUUGCUGUAAAUGUAGUUCCUGAAGGUGCAGAAGAUGAGACUGAACUACCAGUGCUGCAGAAAUCUGAAAAAGGUGAAACAAAUAGUAAAAUGAGCAGAGAAUUAAAAGAAAUUGUAUUUAUCAUCCAGAGUCAAAGUAAUUCUUUUCAUUCCAAGAGAGCAGAAGAUCUAAAAAGAGAUAUUUUAAAACAGGCUGCAGAUCUUGGAAAGGAAUUACCUACAGUUCUGCUUAUUCAUCAGAUGGACAGGCAUGAAGGUGCAUGGACAAUAUUACCAUUAAUGAGAGACUUCUCUAUUGCCUAUGGUAGGAACUCCUCCUGGAUUUUCUUCUGUGAAGAAGAUACAAGAAUACAAGUUGUAAAGCUGCUCGAAACACUUGGAAGAUUUGAUGGGUCUAAGGAGUGGUUUUUAGGUAAAGCAUUAUAUGAUGAAGAAUCUACAAUAAUUCACCAUUAUGCCUUUGCUGAAAAUCCCAGAGUCUUUAAAUUUCCAGAUUUUGCUGCUGGUUGGGCACUUAGCAUUCCACUUGUUAACAAGCUUGCCAAGAAGUUGAAAAGUGAACCACUCAAGUCAGACUUUACAAUAGAUUUAAAGCAUGAGAUUGCCCUGUACAUUUGGCAGAAAGGAGAAGGGCCACAUCUCACUCCAGUGCCUGAAUUCUGUACAGAUGAUGUGAACUCGUAUAAGGCUGAUAAUUGUGCAACAACAUUCAGUAAUUUUCUGCCACUUUGUGGAGAGCCAGUGAAAAAAGAAGAUGUUUUUGUUGCUGUAAAAACAUGUCAGAAAUUCCAUGGUGACAGAAUACCGGUUGUAAAGCAGACCUGGGAAAGAGAAGCUGCCCUUAUUGAAUACUACAGUGAUUAUGCAGACAUCUCCAUUCCUACUAUAGAUUUAGGAGUACCUAACACUGACAGAGGUCACUGUGGGAAAACUUUUGCCAUUUUGGAAAGGUUUUUGAAUCAUAGCUCUCCCAGAAUUCCUUGGUUAGUCGUAGUGGAUGAUGACACACUGAUAAGUAUCUCCAGACUCCGAAAACUGCUCAGCUGCUACGACCCAAAGGAACCAGUGUUUCUCGGGGAGCGUUACGGUUACGGCUUGGGAACAGGAGGCUAUAGUUACAUCACUGGUGGAGGAGGGAUGGUUUUCAGCAGAAUAGCUGUUCAGAAACUACUUGGUAGUAAAUGCCGGUGUUACAGCAUGGACGCACCUGAUGAUAUGGUCCUUGGGAUGUGUUUCAGUGGCUUAGGAAUCCCUAUAACACACAGUCCACUCUUCCAUCAGGCGAGGCCAAUGGACUACCCAAAAGACUACCUUUCUCACCAGAUUCCAGUAUCGUUUCAUAAGCAUUGGAAUAUUGAUCCUGUGAAGGUGUAUUUCACAUGGCUGGCACCAAACACAGAAGAGUCACUUAAUGGAAAGAAAGUUGGAUAUAAAAGAGAAGAUUUAUAAGCAGUAGAAGAGUGUAAGUGUUGGUUAAUGUACUGCAGAGGAGAGACAGUCACUACUGUGAUUUUUGUGGUGUUCUCACUUUGUUCAUCUGCUGAUGACAUAAAAGACAAAUGUUUUGUUCCUGUUUGUUACAUUCCUUCAGAGCAAUGGAAGAAAGCACCUAAUGGACUUUUGGAUUCCUUUGUUACACUUGGUUUCUUUUUAGAAUGUUUCUGAGCUUUGUAUACCAAUGAACUCGACGUGCAUUUAAAAUAGCUCCAUCAACUUUAUCUGUGUUCUGGUUUGGACUUGGAGUCAGGCAGCAUCAAUUUACAUUUCCUUCCGUUGUUCUCUCAAAAACUAAAGUUAGGUAUUUGAGAGCCUAACACUGAACAUGUGUUGGACUAGAUGAUCUCUAAAGGUCCCUUCCAACCCUACCAUUCUAUGAUUCUAUGAUCUGUUGAAUAUUGUCUUUCAUUGACCUACUGUUCUGGAACAGGUUCUUGAUAAAUCACAGGAGUCAUGACUUUGUUUCUGUGACCAGGAGAUAGAUUGUGUGAAGGUUGUGCCCUUUAGAAAUAGUGUGGUUUCCUGGGAUAGAUGGACCAAGCAUGAACCACUGUUGGACCUUGUAAGUUUAUUAGCGUUUGUGAGGAAUGGCAUGUUCCAGAUCGAGGGGAAAAAAAGGUUCAGGACAGGAUUUAUGAAGUGGCCACGGGAGGGCACUGUGGCUCCUUCAGAAACCUAAGUCUCUGUGUAUCUAUUUGGCAAGUAUAAAUGUGACUCUUAAGGAUUUUUGCAGAACUAACACUUCAGUGUUUCUGAUAUGUGCAUUUCAAUAGUGUGUGGAUGCCAGCUUUAAAAAGUCUGUAGUGUUCCUAAUUUAUAUCAUCAAGAUGAGUAAUUUUAUGCAUACAACAUGGAAGGAGUGAUUUGUAUUUAAAAUGUUCUGGGUUGGUUUCUUUUCUUUAAGUAAUUCAGUUUUGUAAAAACGUUUGUACAAAACCUGGCUUUAGUGUGCUCUAAACUAAUUUUUCUAUUGUAAAACUGCUCACGUUAAGAAGACAGUAUAUGACACUCGUGUGCUGUUAUUUGACUUGGUUGGCGAUAUCAUAACCAAAUACGAGGUCCUAAAGCCAUAUUGCUGGAGUAAUAUGUGGUUUGCCUUCUUUUAGUAGGUUAAAACUCAAUUCCCUUCCAAAGUAACACUCUUAAGUAACACUCCAACUAACUUUUAAGUGGAAGUAGGAGAGCCAGUGAUUCCCGUGUCAGCGGUUACUGACGUUGUAUAAACAUGUGCUGAUGAACGCGGCUUGUGGAAUUGGAGGCAUUUGGAUGGCAAGCACAUAUUCAUAACAGAUUUCAAAUUGGAUUCAAUAGGAGCGAUCCACACUAUAUCUUCUUUUCUUUUUUCUUCCCACUAUCAGUGCCUUAAACAGUAGACAUUUUACUGAUACCAGGGCUAUGUUCUGUGGUACCAUGUGUGAAUUGUUAAUGACGUUUACUGUUUAGAACUGUGAGAGUUGA